AUGUCGGCGGGAGCCUCCACUCCACAGGAAGUGGAGCUUCCUCUGCGAGCCAGACUCUCUGUUCCCGAAGAGCCUGGGGAGCACCAGCAGAGGCUUAUUACCAGCAGCCAGACUCUUCCGGCUUCCAGCCAGCAGCCACUACGGCCUCGCGCGAGCAGACGAUCGGUUCUUGCAGAGACGAGCAAGGACCUGGAGAAAAGCGCAGCCCCGAAGCAUCAGCGUUGCAAAGUGGCUGUUGCCGCCUACACUGUGGCGCGCAUCACAGCCAGCGUGCUUCUGCUUCUGCAGGCACAUUCGGCGUGUUAUGAACGUUGCCUGCGUGACAGCGCUUGCGGUAAAGCUUUUCGUGAAGAAGUAAUGUGCCCGCUAAUUAGUGGAAGGAUAUUUGACUCCGUUGUGCGCCCUCUGGUGACUGGUCUAGGAAUUUAUGUUUUCCUUCAAAGGAGCGAUCGCUUCUCUGCCAAUGAACCGCUGCACACACGAGCUCGCUUUCUGGUCUUCUGCCUGGCAUCGUUCCACUGCGAUGCCUCUGUCGCUGUGACUUUGUUUCACCGCUCUGCAUUCCCAGCUUUGCUGUUGUUGUGGGAGCUCCUCUGCAACGCGAUCCAGAUGCAGAUGACAAACCUAAAGCUGCAUGCAUUGGGCUUUCAUAUCACCGCAAGACUUUGUGCGGCACUGAUGCUUGUGGUGCUCGGCGCGAUUGCCGUUGCUGGGGCGGCCUGCUUGUGCAUCAACGCUGCCCUCUUGAUCCCGGGACCUCUUCUUAGCGCUGCAGGCUUCUAUUUCUUUGUGGCUCCGCUUGUUAGUCCUCUUGCAGGACGCCCUUGGAUGCUGACUCUGGACAUCAGCCUGCAAGUGCUGAACGUGCUGCUGCUGAGCGGCAUGGUCGGCCCGCAGAGGUGGGCACGGCCGAUGGAGGCCUUCCAGAAACUCGCGGAGUUUCACGGCUUCGGCUUAUCAUCCACGAAACGCAUCACCUUCCCGGGGAAGGUGAACGCGGCAGCCCGCGACUGCAUUGUGUCCUUCCCCGGGAAGUACAGCGAGGAGUGGGACGCCGCCGUGUCGGCCGCCGCAAGCUCUCAAAACGCCUUCUCCUUGGCCUGCGUGUUCCUGACGGACCGUGCCUCAGGUCUUGGCGAGCACUCGGAGGAUCCCGAUCAUCCGGGGAGGUGCUGGUGCCAUGCAUUGUACGGCAGCCUGCCGGCCUCCACGUACCUGAGCGUGGUGGACGUCCAGCAGCUGCGGCAGGAGCAUGGGAACGACGAAACCGCCUACCAGCAGCAGCUGAGCUUCAAGAAAUCCGACGCCGAGGCCAUGGGGCAGCUGCUCCUCAUCAAGGACCUAAAGGCGGAAAUGGAGUGGAAGCAGGAGCUUUCCCAGGCGCUCAACGACGCGGAGGCCCGGUGCCUGGCAAACCAUGCCCGCGCCCCUUGGGGCUGCCGCUGGUUCGAGGAGUGGAGGAAGAACGUCAGCAAGGCCUCCGAGCUCGGUCAGAGGCGGCACGUCUUCUACUUCCAGGGGCGCAAAGGCCAAGGAAAGGUUGCCUGGAACCAGCUCCCAGACGAAGAGGUGAGGGAGCAAGUGCGCGCUUGCAGUGGCCUGGGGGCCUCGCAGACGGCAGAAGUCGCCUACCUGCACAGGUUGGGCUUGAGCUACGUGGAGCACGACAUCACAGACUUCAAGGAGAUGAUGACUGCCAAGAGUUCAGCAGCCAGUUGGAGUUCGAGUCAGCCUUCCAACGCGCAGGUGCGGGGCUAUUUGAAGAUCUGCAACUUGUUUUUGUCCAUGAUUAUGGGUGCUAUGGGGAUCCAGGUGUAUCCUGAAAUCCACUCCUAUGAAUACCUCAUGAACGAUCACAAGCUCAUGAGAGUCCUAGCUUACGUGCCUUUCGUAGAGCUCGACCUCGCAGGCCCAGAGCACUUCGAAUUGCAGCGCAUUAGAGCUCCGGCUCUGGCAAGGCCUUUGCAGCAAGAGCUUGCUACGGAGGUCGGCCCUGACACCUCCAGCUCUGCCUCGAGUGCCUCAGCCGGCAGAGUUUUCUCCACCAAGGUUGCUUACACCUGGACUGGAGCAGGCUGCCUCUGUGACAUGGAGCCACCGCAGCUGUGGUCUGACAACACGGCGCGCGGGCGGUGA